UCUCCUUAACCAGGAAUGAGGAAGCUGCAUUUCAACUUGUCAGUUCAGGGAAACAGAAACUGAAGUGUUGUUGUGUGUUUGUGUCGCUCUCUGUAUUCAUGCAGUAAAAUGGCAGAAGCCAGAGUUUGUCAGGAUGAGUUCACAUGUCCAGUGUGUCUGGAUCUCAUGAAGGAUCCAGUGACAAUCCACUGUGGACACAGUUUUUGUAAGAGCUGUAUUACAGGCUGCUGGGAUCAGGAGGAUCAGACGAGAGUCUACAGCUGCCCUCAGUGCAGACAGACCUUCAGUCCAAGACCUGCUUUAGGUAAAAACACCAUUCUGGCUGAACUGGUGGAGAAACUGAAGAAGACUAAACUUCCUGCUGACUGUUACGCUGGAGCUGGAGAUGUGCAGUGUGACGUCUGUACUGGAAGAAAACACAAAGCCGUCAAGUCCUGUCUGGUGUGUCAGGAGUCUUUCUGUCAAACUCAUUUUGACCGUCAUGAGGAAUAUCACUCUCGUAAGCCACACAAAGUGAUCGAUGCCACUAGACGACUGCAGGACAUUAUCUGCCAUAAACAUGAUAAAGAGCUAGAAAUGUACUGUAUCACUGAUCAACAAAGCAUCUGUGUGCGGUGUAAGGAGUAUGAACAUAAAAACCACAAAACUGUAUCAACUGCAGCACAGAGGACAGAGAAACAGGUAUGAAUUGAGAGGCAUUGUUCGCAUAGAAAUGAAAGUGCUGUCUUUAUUUACUCAUUGUUUUUACCAUUUCUGUCUGCAUGUUAGUGAUAAUAUCUUAUUUAUAUUAAAGUCCUGGGACUCUUUCGCAUAAGACUUUUGGCCCACUCAUCUUUGCAGAAUUGUUGUAAUUCAGCCCCAUUGGAGGGUUUUCAAGCAUGAACUGUCUUUUUAAGGUCAUGCCACAGCAUCUCAAUAGGAUUGAGGUCAGGGCUUUGGCUAGGCCACUCCAAAUUCUUCAUUUUGUUUUUCUUCAGCCGUUCAGAGGUGGACCUGCUGAUGUGUUUUGGAUCAUUGUCCUGCUGCAGAACCCAAGUUCACUUCAGCUUGAGGUCACGAACAGAUGGCCGGACAUUGUCCUUCAGGAUUUGUUGGUAGACAGCAGAAUUCAUGGUUGAAAUGUUGUGUUACUUUUACACCAGACGUAAUGGGACACACACCUUCCAAAAAGUUCAACUUUUGUUGCGUCAAUCCACAGAGUAUUUUCCCAAAAGUCUUGGGGAUCAUCAAGAUGUUUUCUGGCAAAACUGA